UCAUUUUUUUUCCGAAUGCUUGUCUGAAAGUUGUUUUCCUUUAGUUUUGAAAUAAAAAUGGACGUGGAUUUAUUAAGGCCGGGGACAGUCCCAAUUUCUCCAGACACUGUAUUAGGUUUUGAAUUUUUACUGGAUAAGAAUUUAUUGUUGAAACACUUGCAAAAACCAAAUUCAGAUCCCUCCCCAACUGGUUUGAUAACAAAAUUCCACGAUGUAAUGGCUUUAACUCUUUGCAAUAAAUUGGAAUCUGAAAAUCCAGAAACCAUCAACUCAGAAGCAAGUGACUUAAAAGUUAAGCAUCCCGCUAAAAAUAUAGCCAUGAAAAUAUUGUCAUUAAAAGUUGCUGCAUAUUUGAACUGGAAUCUCUCUCAAAUAAGAACCUUACCUUUUAAAACCCAGAUAAAUUUGCUACAGGACCUAAUGUAUUUUACCAGUGAAGAACAGACUGUUAUGGAGAUUCCGAAUAUUGAGCAAACUGAUACUAGAACUGCCUCUCCCCAGUUUUUGUUUUCAUUAUUAUUGUUUCAUAGAUGGCUGCUGAAUACAUCAAUGCAUAGGGUGACAUCAAACUGGCAACAAAGAUAUGGCAUGAAUGAUAUGUCUCCAGCUGAUGAAAAUAUUAUAUGCUGUCAUGAAAAUAUUCAGAAAACUCUAACCUUCCUGAUAGAUGCAUUGCAGUGGGAAGAUAUACCAUGCAUGUUAACGUUCGACUGUUUUAACACCCCCACUGAACAAAAUGACAAUAUUGAAUUUGAUUGGAGUAAGGGACAGUCAAUAACAAAAGAAGAAUUUGGUGCUCAGAUUAGUUAUGAUUUAGGAACAUUUUACUUUUAUCAGGAAGAUUAUAAUCAAGCCAAAGAAUAUUUUCUGAAAUGUUUAGAAUAUUUUAAUACUUUGGACAAGAACAAUGGGUUUCUAAAUUUUGACAAGGCAGUAUUAGAAGUGUUUGUUAGAGCUUGCGACCCAACUGUUGAUACUCAAAAACGGAGCUUAUUGGAACAAUUAAGUAACUCAAUUGUAAAUCAGUACAUGGGAAUAACUGGUAUACUUCAACAAGAUAAUAUUGAACGCGAAAUACCUUUGAUUCACAGAAUCAAUCUUGAGUUGGACAUUCAAGGAGCUCUAUCCAGUGGAGCUUUCACGGUGGCUAGGGAUCUUCUUUUCAAAGUUAAAGCUUUGAAUCAUGUAAGAUGUGCACUUGAAAAGAAACUGUUUUUAAGUGAAUACCCCUUAACAAAUGUGAAGAAUAUGGAAACACUUAUUUGGGCCAUACAGACAAGCUGGCGAUUUCAUCAAGAAAUUGACAGAAACCUACUGAAGAAUUAUCUUUUUGAACUUAUAAUCAAAGAGGAAGUACCAGAAUUGUUGUCAAAAAUUCAAUCCAAUGAAGUAUUAGGAAAUAUUUUUCAAAAAUCUGAAAUGCAAUUUAUCACAGAAAGGGAAAAUGACAGAGAUGUCACCAACCUUAUGUUUCACAGUGAAUUCAAUUUUUUUGAAUCUACCAAAAAGCGUAAACCAAAAAUGGACUUAAGGCAAUUGCAGCAAAAAUUAAUAUCAACUUAUAACUGCAAAGAAAUUAAGGAUAUUUUACUUAAAAUGGGGGCUAUGAAUUUAGGUAAAUCAGUUUCUGAAAUCAACCCAUUAUGGCAGUUGCCAAUUCCAUUGCAGAGUGUAAUUAAGUCCCUUCCCAGAGGUUUAUUGCAAGAUUAUGCCUAUGUGUUACUGGCUAAGUCCAAAGAACACCUCCUAAACAAAAAUUGGAAUCUAGCUUUGGAAUUGUUAAUUGUAUUGGAUAAAGAACUGCAAACUGCAACAUGCAAUGUAUCUAAGUUGUCUAGGAUGGUAAAUUGGGAGGUACUGUUAAUCCAGAUUACUCAGUUUUGGGAAGAUUGGCCAAGAGCUUCUGUGGAUAAAAAUGCCUUGGCCAAUGCUUGUGAAACUUGUCUACAUACCAAUGAAUCUGUGAUACCUCGAACUGAAAUUAUUGAAUCAUGUGCUAUUUGCUUGCUGAAUUUAGGAAGAUGGGAGUUUCUUAUAAAUUAUGAGAAGAGAUGGAGCACAUUCGAAAUAACUUCCGCCAUCGCUCAGGCAUGUCACGAAGUUAUUAAAAAUAAAGGAAUUAAAAAAUUUUCAAAAAAUCUCUGGGAAAUCGUGUUGCCAGUUUUUGCACCCAACUCAUCCCAAUCAAAACGAAGCAAUUCGGGUUAUCUUGACUCCUCUAAUAUAAAAAAUAACCUAAUGUCCAUAUUUUUCAAACUGAAAGAUUCUUGGUGUUUGACUGUUGUCAUAUCGUUGCUCACCAAAAUGUUUAAUAUUGUAAAAGAUGAAACCAAUUUGGAGUUACAAGUUGAUUACGCGAACUUAUGGCCUAGUGUAAUUAGCAAUGCUAGUUCUUAUAACGUAGCAGCAGUAUCCGAGAUGCUAUCAGAAGUACUUUCACAUGGGUUAAAAGAUUAUCCCACAAACAUACAUUGGCUAAGACUCCUAGGCGAUAUCAAUUUUGCUAAUGGAAACUAUAAAAUUUCUCUGUCAUUUUACCUGAAGUCUCUUCUUAUCUGCAGCGAUUAUUUUAAUAUUCCAGUGCGAAAUGACGAUCAUGUAUUUCGGCGAAUGAUCAAAUGUUGCCAAGCAAUGGGUUGUUCUACUCAAGCUGCAGUUCUUUGUCAGUUCCUAGAAGAACCUGAUUAUACACUUGCUUUUAGAAUUUUAAGCGAACAAAAGACGUGUAAUGACGCUGUUGAUGCUUACUACCAUUGUUUUUGGGAUACUAACAUUUUGGAAUUUUUGAUUUACAUUCACAAUAGAAGGGGCGAGUUUCAGAGGCGAAAGGCUGCAGUACAGGUUAUUGGUAUGUUGGAGCUAAAUUCUAAUAAUAAUGAAGAAAUACAAAGAGAAGCAAGUAAUCUUAGGAAAAGCGUAUUUUUAAGAGCAUUGUGCAAACAAUAUGUUUUUUAAAUAUAAGAUCUA